GAGGGAGAGAGAGGUGAGCAGAGCACACACGUCGCACUAUCAACUGAAUCCAUCUAAGAAAACAACUCGCAGUCCGGGUCUGAGCUGCGUAGACACUAAAGGCAAGUUUGAGCUCCCGACUAAACAGCGCACCGGACGGACGCAGCUGGCCGUCAUGGCCCGUGGCGGAUCAGGCGGCGGACACUUCGGCGAGUGCGUGCUCACCGUUCGGGCAGACUGUGAAAGGGGUAAAGUGGGCUCUGCUGUCACCCUGCCGCUGGUAUCUCCGCUCCUCAUGCGCUGCAGAGGGUGUUAAGUGAGUUAAAGCGGUGGUGCUCUGUUUCGGAGCUGGAAAAGAAAAUAAAAAGUGGUGGACAGCGGUGCGGACGAACGCGCGCAGCCACAGCCGGGGGAACCCAUGCAGGGAAAUAUGCUGUUCCGUAGACUCACCGGGUUGACGCUUCUGAUCGGAACCGACUCGCACCAGCUUUACCGAACGGACCUUUACGCACGGGCUUACAGCAGGACCGCAUGAAGGACAGAGGCUCAAGGAAAAGGGAAAAGUUGAACGUGGUCGCGGGGUUUGUAAAGGAUAAAGGCUCGUCAAAGGUCUCUGGAUCCAAAUGUCACCCCCCCUGGACUCUGCCCCGGUUGGGGAGCAGCAUUGUGUGACGGACAGGCGAGUGGAGCCUGUGGUGGCUCUUUACAGCGUAGCUUCAAAUUGGCCCUGGCUGAGCUCUGCAUGGAGCAACGAGUGACGAGUCCUGCUAUGGUCUGGUGUCUCAGCAUGGAUGGAGUCAGUCAGUGUACCGGCCACCACUAAUGAGGCCAUUGCUCUUCAGUUGAGGACUAGCAUUUACCGGAUUACUCCCACGGUUUCCUGCUCGUUUGCCAGCUAACUGCAUCAUUACCAAACUCUCCUAGGUGGACCUUUUGUAGGUCUGUUUUUUUGUGGAUAUAUACGUCCUUGACUUUUUGAUUUUCACAUUUGUUUUAUUCCCUCCCAGUUCUUUUUUAUUGUUGGUUUUACAUUCUCUGUUUUGUUUUUUUCCACUAUGGAGUUUCUUGCUGGAUCCUGGAAUAAAGAUUGGGCAUCAUUCUUGCAAUUUUGGUUGACUGUGAUCCUAAGCCUCCAAAUGCAAUUCAGCCCGGGUGCCUCUUGCCCGGAGGAGUGUCGUUGUGACAACACAUAUGUGUACUGCAAUGAACGCAGCUUGACAUCAGUGCCUCUGGGAAUACAGGAGGGCCACAAGGUCCUCUUCCUACAUAACAACCAGAUAAACAAUGCUGGCUUCCCUUUGGAACUUCACAAUCUGGCGUCGGUAGAGACUGUGUAUCUUUAUGGCAACCAGUUGGAUGAGUUUCCCAUAAAUCUGCCCAAAAACACCAGGGUCCUGCAUCUCCAGGAGAACAAUAUCCAAACAAUCUCCAAGGCUGCCCUGGCCCAGCUGACUAGACUAGAGGAGCUGCACCUUGAUGAUAACUCCAUUUCGACUGUCGGGGUGGAAGAAGGUGCCUUUAGGGAGGCAGUAAGCCUCAAACUCCUCUUCCUCACCAAGAACCACUUAAGCAGCGUUCCCAUUGGCCUUCCUGAGGACCUGAAAGAGUUGCGAUUGGAUGAAAACCGCAUUGCUGUCAUUGCAGAGGAGGCCUUUCAGAAUGUGACACGCCUGCAGCGCCUCCUGCUGGACGGGAACCUGCUAACAGAUGAGGGUAUUGCACCAGGGACCUUCCAGGACCUGGCCAACCUCCAUGAGCUGGCCCUUGCCCGCAAUUCACUCACCUUCCCCCCUCCCCUCUUACCCAGCCAGUCACUGGUCAGACUCAGCCUGCAAGAAAACCAGAUUGACCAGAUCCCCGUGGCAGCCUUUGCUGCCCUAAACAGGCUAGAAAAACUGGAUAUCUCCAGCAACCAGCUUCAGAGUCUUACACAGGGUGUGUUUGAUGGCCUGUCUAGCCUAAAGCAUCUCAUGGUGCGAAAUAAUCCCUGGCGUUGUGACUGUGCUGUGAAAUGGGUGGUGGUGUGGCUUAAGUCUUUGCCGUCCACCAUCAAUGCUCGAGGAUUUGUGUGCCUGAGUCCAGAAAAGGUGCGUGGCAUGGCAAUCAGAGAGCUCACACUGGAUAUUAUAGAAUGCCCAGUUGAUGCUGGCCUACCGCCCUGGCCCACCCUACGCUCAACACCACCUCCCCCACCCACAACCAUCCCUGUCACGACCAUGAUCUCCACCCUCAUGACCACAUCCAUACCUUACUACUUUGACUCACCCUCCCCUCCCUUACCCCCAAUACAUAACAACCCUCCUGGUCCCCUGCCUCCUUAUGAGGACCCCCUUCAGAUCUACUUCCAUGUGGUCAACUCCACCAGUAUUGAGGUGAGCUGGGCUUCCUACUUCACCGUCUCAGCCUACAAGGUCACUUGGGUUAAAAGGGGCCAAAGCCAAAUAAACGAAGGAAUGCGGGAGAGGACGGUGAGUGGGGACCGGCGGCAUAUUAGCCUCAGCAACCUGGAGCCCCGAUCUGUGUACCGGAUCUGUGUGCACGUGCUGGACACUCUUAACUCCUACAGGCCUGGAGAGGAUACUAUAUGUUCUGAGGCCAGGACCAAGGCUGCUGUGUCUACUAAGACUCCUGGUAGAGAGCAAGCUCCUCAGGAGAGCAUCAAUUCCACCCUGCUAAUGGCUGGGAUCAUAGGUGGGGCAGUACUUAUCAUCCUGGUAACACUGCUCAGCCUGUUCUGUUGGCACAUGCACAGGAAGAGCCGGUCAUCUUCGACCAAGUGGAAGUACAACCGGGGCAGGAGAAAAGACGACUACUGUGAGGCUGGAACCAAGAAGGAUAACUCCAUUCUGGAGAUGACUGAGACCAGUUUCCAGAUAGUGGCACUGAACAAUGAGCAGCUGCUCAAGGGAGAUUUCCGCAUUCAGCCCAUCUACACGCCCAAUGGGGGAAUUGGAUUUAGAGACUGUCACCUCAGUAACAACAGCAUAGCCUACUGCAAGAGCAGCAACGUGCCCAGUACAGAGUUCUGCCACACGUGAUGCAGCAGCAAAUAGUACAGAUUCAUUCACACAUGCACACACAUGCACACAGCAGAAACACUUAUGAAUACAUGCAUAAAUACACACACAUACACCAUUUGUGUAGACUACAAAAAACAUAAAAAUUCUAGUCAAAUAUAACUGUACUAUAUAUAUUUCCAAGUUCUGUCUACAAUGUAAUUUAUACUGUGGAUAAUAAUGUGGGAUUCUCUGCUAUCUUUUUUAUUCUUAGAAAAGAGAUACAAGUGUUUUUUGUUUUUUUGUUUUUUUUUUUUAUAACCAGCAGGGUUUUGAAAGUUGUUUAAAUGGUCAGUACUGUACAUGAACAUGGAUUUGUACAAUCACGGCACCCUGGGUGUAGCUUCUGACGAACGCUGUCAGCCUUGGUAAUGUAAGGGCGCUUAGAGGGCUGGGAUCCUUUGCUAACCACAGAAGCAAAAUAUGGCCUUUUUGCGCUUUGAAACACUGCAAACCCUCACCAGUACAACAGAACAGUAGUAAAGACAACACAGCACAGGGGAAAUCCAAACACUGCUGAUUAGAGUGCUGUGGAAAUACAGCACUGGGUCAUUGGUGGCAUGUUGUAAAAAGAAAUUGAAGUGCACUUUCUUAUAAAUGAAGGCAAGGCAAGAAAUGAGCAGAGGUGGGGAUCACAUGGAACAGGCUGUGAACAGUUGUGUAACGAGAAUGUCAUUGGUACUGUGGAAAGGCCUGGACUGAGAUUUCCCAAAAGUGUUUUAAUACUCAAAGCACCUUUGUUCUAUAGGUGGUAGAACAAAGAUGGGCUUAGCCAGGGGCCACUUUCUGGAAAGCUCUGAAAAAGGUUGUCAUUUUCAGCACAUUUUUCAAGUGAGGAGGUACAAUUAACGUGAGUGUAAAAAGCAAGAGAGCAUAAUUUUUUCUUAAUUAGCUGCACAGAUAUGCUGAGACCUAGAUGCUUUUGAAGAAAUUCCCUAAUUUGAUAUGCUGGUUUUUUCCGUUUUUCACUGUUUAGACAAAUGAGGCCACAAGGGGGCAGUUUCCCUCAGCGUCUUGUGUGGGGCAGAGGAACAGAGGGAAAGACAGGCAGAAGGAAAAAAAGCUGCAUAUUUCACUUUACCUCCACAAUUCCCCUGGAGUCCAUUACCCAGAUAACAAUACUCAUGCUCAAACAGCAUUGUUUAAAGUAUUAUUGCUCAUUGAGCUACUUAAUGAUGUGGAAUCAUUUAAAACUAACUGUGUUUUCUGCGUUUGGUGGCUAAAUGAUACGGAUUUUCACCACUGUGGUCUACCAUGGAAGUGAAGGUCUUCCCAGUGUAAUUGUGUGUGUGUGUGUGUGCGCGCGCACGCGUGUGCGAGAUGGAUUUUGAAAAAGCACACAGAUAAUGUUAAUUAUAAACCCACUUAUGUCAACCUCAUCCCAGCCUUCAUUAGGCUUUUUGAUAAAUUAGAAAAUUACAACAAUAAGAUCACGCUCCAUCCAUGAUCCUCACAAUGCACGGUUGUGACUGAGCAGCUCAUCUAGCACCUCAUCAUUUAUCCUUUAGUGUACAUUUAUGAGACUGUCUAUUUCAUUUAUGGUUUGCUCACCUGAAUAAUACACUUGCUCACUCCCCAUAUUAUUUCUGCAGUGAUGAUUCUCAUCCUAUCUGCCCUCAUUUUCUGUCUCACUGUCUUUCUGUCUGUCUCUGCACCUCUGAUCCCUGCAUGGGUUCAACCAAAACAGUUUUCCUGCCAUUCAGCUCCUAGGCUGUGGUGGCAGCUCUUUGCAUGCGAGGUACCGGUGAGAGCUCUUUAUUAUGCACUUCUUAAGAAGACUUUAUUUGAUUUGACAAGAUUUUAUUUUGAGGGGCCAAGCUUAAAGAGUUCCCACCACCGGCCCGUUCACCAGCGUUACCCCCCCUUUAGCCCUCUCCUCAUAAUCCUCAACCAAAAAUGGGAGAAAAGUAUGUAGACCUUAUUUUCACUUGGCUGCAUGGAGCUCACACUGGGAUAAAGAGUGUUAACUCUUUUUUAACUCUUUGAGGUACAUAGACACAGCUGCUUGAUCAUACACGAUAGAGAAUCAACACAAACCAAGGUGGAAUAUUUAAAGUAAAAUGUUUUAAAGGGCUUGUACUCAAGUUAUAGGACUCACCUCUGCAGCUGAAAUAACUCAGCAUAGCAGCACUGAACGGAUAUUACAGCAAUAGCUCAGACUACCAUCAAAUGGGCAACUACAUGCAGUCCGAUUGAUUAAAUUCUGUUCAACCAACACAAUGACUGAAUCAAGUCCAUCUUAACAUGUCAUUUAGUGUCAUAUCAUGUCUUAAAAGCAUGUUUGUAAUAAGGCAACUGACAUGUCUUUCCAGUGCAUGACCUUUUCAAGAAAAUAUUUAAAGGUGCUAUAUGUAAGAAUUGGCCAUUUGAAUUCAUACUCCAAACAAACUGGGGGAAACAUACCACCAUAUAGUUGGCGUGUAUUCAGUAUAGUAAGAAACAAGAAAAUGCACUUCUUUUCUUUGCUGCCAAACAUAGUUUCUUGCUGGGAACAGGCAGUGGUGGUGAUAAUGAUAAUGGUCGCUUGUCAUGAGCAUGAGCCAUUGUAUCUUUCAUUUAUUAAAUGGUUUAACCAGGGCUGUACCUUCAACAUGACUGACAGGAGAUUAGAAUACGCACUCUCAUGCUUUCAUGUUGGAUUGAGGGCAUACUGGAUGCUACAGUAACUGAAUAUCACCUCUUGUUAUACCAUUUUGCACCUCAAGAGGUGAGUCACAAAGUGGUAUAACAAGACAGAAUGGGCCUGGACUAACUAACUUCAGAGAAUGCAAUAUUUUGUCAUCUUUGACAUAUCAUCAAAACUGCUGUUUCUUCACAUUUUUUUGAUCAGUCUAGUUAUUUUUUUAAUACUUUAAACUCAAAGUCUUACACAUUGCUCCUUUGAACAAAAUAAUUGGACAUUUUGGGAGAUGAGUUAGUUUAGAAUAUCUGUAAGGGAAAGGUGUCACGUUACAUGGACUUCACAAACAAUAUGGUAAUUUGUUAGCUUUAGAGAUGCUAGUAUGCAUAUUUGUUACCUUAAGAUGGAGUCACACCAGCUAUUUUUUUUCUCCUGUCUAUUCCAAGCUAAUCCAAGUGGCCACCGACUCUAGCUUCAUAUUUACCAUAUAGACAUGGCAAAAAGAGAAUAAGAAUAUUUUGCAAAAUGUCAAACUAUUUGUGUGUAAAAAAUGUUUUGAUUUGCAUUGCAAGAAAAUCUCAUUUCCUUGGUAGAUGAGGUUCAUUUAUUUCAAGCAAAAUAAGAUUUCAAGACUACUUCAGUGCUUGACUUGUGUAGCUGGAUGUUGGGUUCCUUAACACUAAAAUCUUCUGUGGUUAUCAAAGCAUCUCCACUUUUCAUUUUAACCUUUUCUACUAAUAUCCGCAGCAGAUCAUAAACACUUGAACAUUUACAUCACAUACUGUUUUGAUUAGUUUUUGUUGUAGUUGACAGCCCUAUUUUAAGUCGUGUGCUGAUCAAACAGGGGGGUCAGGCUGUUGCAACAUAUAGUAUCUCCUGUCUGUGAAUGUGUAACGGAGACAGAUAUUUGCCUUACCUUUUAUGCAGGACUGAAUGAUUAGCUAGAGAGAAAGAUAGAGUUAAGUGGGAGGAAUAAUAGGGGAGAAGAAAAGAGGAGACAUAAAAAGACGGCAACAAGAAUGCUGAACAGAAAGCACAUUUCUCCCAGCAGAUUGCAGCUACGACGACAACAAUAACAGUAUUAACAGGAAGAACAUACUAAGUGUGACACACAGUAGCUAACGAGAGACUGUUCAUCCAUAGUGCCAGGCCUUUAGUGGUGCAUGGCUAAUGAUUCAACCAGACGGGGAAGCAGCUUUGCUGGUUGUUUUGCAGCGUACAUUACUCUUAAUUUUCUACUUGCUUGAUGAAAGAAUGCGGCUUCAGUGCCGUGACCAAUGGAAUUACACAAAAUGUAUUACAGACUGCUCACGUCGGAUUAUUACUCUUUCAGGGUGCAGAGAGGUAAUUUCCCUUAAAGCUCAAUGAAUUCCGUUGAAAUAAUUAUAUUUAAUCUUUGAGAGGUCAAUUCAGACAAAACAUGGGUGGUUGUAACAGAAUAUGAUUAAAGUCAAUCUUUUCUUCCUGUAGGCAAAAUCUUCCUUCAGAGCAAAUAUCUAUUAGCCAUUAACAUUCAUUCAAGGAUUUUUGCAUGUAUUGUAUUUAGCUUCAUAGCCCUUCAUUUUUGUCAUACUGGGUUUUGAACUUUGAAGUAUUUUUUCAAGCUCACCUGAUGGUGGUUGAGUUACAGUUUGAGCAACCAUACAGAAUGGUUCUCUUCUGGCUUAGAUAAAGAAGGUUGGAAAUUUACAGUGCAUGUAAAACGGCUAUAUUGGGAUACUUUGCCAUCCUGGUUUCUCAUUGAGAAGCUGCAGUGUUACGUUAGCUACCCACACCAAGUUUUCUUAGGAACCAAAGUUAAAUUUCUGUUCUCAUGAUGAAAUAUUGAUGUUGUUCCAUGUAUGUGCCUUGAGGUUGAACUUACAAUGUAAAGUCCUUGAAACCUUUAAAUGUUUUUGCACAAACUGUAAAUACUUAAGUGAAGCUUUUUGAAAAUAAAAGAGCCAUUGGAUUUGA